CGAGCCCUGCGCUCCGGCGGCUACUCGGACCCGUCGACUCGGCGCGGCCUGUCGAACCCGCCGCGGCCGGCCUCGGCCUCGCCGUCGCUCGCCCACCCGUCGGCGCCGCCCCCGCUCGCGUACACGUCGUCGCCGCGCCCGAGCAGCUCUGCGCACGGCCUGUACAGCGGUACACGGUGGCACAGCGGCAACGCCAUGUACCCGCCCCUGUCGCCCGCCUCGAGCGGCCCGUACCCGCCCAUCGUCUCGUCCCCGACCUCGCUCUCGACACCCGUCGCACCUCUGCCCAACCCGUACGGCACCCACGUCUCGCCCUCGACACCGUCCGCGACCCGCGCAGCCUCGCUCCGCACCUACGCGAGGUCGCCGCCGCCGCCGCCGCCGACGGGCGCGAGCAUUACCUCGGGCCGCCGCCGCCCAUCUCAAGCAGAGCUCGAGCAAGAAGCCGUCGAGCGCGCCAUGCAGCAGGGCAUCGCGACCGAGCAGCGCCGGCUCGCCGCCCUCGCCGAGGAGGACGAGCGCCUCGUGCGCCUCACGCUCGAGGAGUCGUCGUCGUCGGCCGCGCUCGAGCAGCUGCGCCAGAACGCCCUCGCGCGCGAGCGGGCCCACGCCGAGGAGCGUGCGCUCAGGGAAGCGCUCCUCAGCUCGAGGAACGACGCCGAGGGGCGGCAGCGCGACGAGCGGCGGCUCCGGGCCGAGGAGGAAAAGGCGGUGCAGCGGGCCAUGGCGCAGAGUCGGCGCGAGAGCGAGGACAGCGUGGGCAAGGGCAAGGGCAAGGCGCGCGUCGACGACGACGGGCCGGCGCACGGCGGCGACGAGGACGAGCUCGAGCGCAGGGAGCGGGAGGCACUCGAGCUCGCGAUGCAGCUCAGCCUUCAGGAGGAGGAGAAGCGCAGGAUCUGGCGCGGCGGAUUCAGCGCGGCCAACUCGGAUCCGGAGGAGGUCGAGCCGAGCGCGGCGACAUCGUCUGUUCCAGCAGCAGCGUCCACCUCGUCGUCGUACUUUCCCCCGUCUUCCUCAUCGACCGACGUGCUCGACGACGACCUUCCCCCUCCCGCCUACGAGCUCCCGCAGCACGCUCGAGAACUUGAUGAGCCCGAGGACAUCAUCAUCGGGCCCGGCCGUCCGCUCCCUUUCCCUCCCGCACCCGCGCCGCCAACCGGCGCCGCCCCAGCCCAGCUCCACCGCCUCGUCUCGGAGAAGCACGCCCGCCUCGACUCGCCCGACCCCUCCCCAUACGCCUCAUCGUCGUACUCGGCCUACCCGUCUUUCGCGCCGUAUGCCGGCUCGCACACCCAGCAGCGCGGGUACAGCGGCUCGUCGUCGCUCGUCGGCUCGGCGUCGGUCGGCGCGCUCUCGGUCGCCGCGAGCGCCGGCUCGUUCGAGGAGUCGAUCCCGGCGCGGUGGGACGAGUGCGAGGCGGUCCGCGACCAGGCGCUGCCGUUCGUUGAAGAGCCGCUCGGGCUCGGCGAGGUGGGACCGGGUCGGGCGUCGACGGUUGAGGUCGACCCGUUCGGCGACCAGUUUGCCGAGAUCGGCGAGGAGCCUGCGACUGGGCCGAGCUCGUCGGAUGAGGCGCAGGAGGAGGAGCCCGCCGUCGCUCGGCCACCGCUCGCGAGUGACCUGUUCGCCGAGGUCCUCGCGCGCCGCACGACCCGGGACUCGCUGUCGCACCGGGCGUACGUGUCUCGGCCCGUCCUCGACGUCGACCAGGUCGAGCGCUCGAGCGGCUCGAGCGGCAAGCCCGCCGACGACGAGCAGCGCACGCCCACCGGCCUCGUACCGCCCGCCGUCGCCCACGUCACGCAGCCCGUCUCGGCCCCGACCACGCCCGAACCUUCAUCCUUCCUCGAACUUCCCCUACCUGCGCGCCUUCCGUCCGUCUCGGCCCCGACCUCGCCGUCAGCCGCCUCGUUCCGCUCGUCGCCCUCGGCCGGCGGUUUCGUCGAGGACCUCGGCGCGCUCGUGCCGUUCGCCGACGAGCACGUCCUGCGCGACGUUCGUUGGGGCUUUGUCGACGACGAGACGAGCGCCGCAGGGCGGUACCCGCGACUCGAGUACGAGGGCGACUUCCCGAGGGGGUCGCAGUUGUCGGCGGUGCGAGGAGCGGACGGGCGGCAGGCGUUCAAGUCCUUCGCGAUCGAGGCGAGGACAUGGCAAAACCUGCUCGUCUUCAUCAUGUGGCACGGCAACUCGCGCUUCGAGGCGGCGCCGUUCGACCUCGAGAAGGACAAGGCGGGUCGAGGGCUCCAGGUCGCCAUCCACGUCGACUUUUACCGCUCGGGCCGCCAAGCCUCGUCGGCCGUCUCGAUCCGCCCUCCUCGAGUGCGCGUCCGCCUGACGCUCCUCCCGCAAGACGACCCCAACACGCCCCUGCGCCGCGCCAGCAGCGGCUUCCAGCUCGUGGGUCCCGUCGCGCUCGAGCCCGUGUCGCCAUCGGUCCGCCUCGCGCUCGCGACGCAGCCCGUCCUUCCUCUCGCGCUCGCCGACCUCGCGACACUCCUGUCGCAGGCGCACUCGGCGUCGAGGAGCUACAUGCGGCUCGCACGUCGGGCGCAUACGGGCGCGAGCACGCCGCUCGGGCCGACAGCCGAGGGCCGCAUCGUGCUCGCGCAGGCGGUCGACCUGUUCCGGCGGCUCAACGGCGAGGAGGUGCGGCCGCCGGCGGCGAGCGACGACGGUGGGAGCGGCGCAGACGAGGAGGUGAGCGUGCUGGACCGGCUCAAGGCGCGGUUGAGGAGGAGGAGGGGCCCGAGGGUCAUCGAGGGAGGGAGGGGGAGGGCCGAGACGGUCGGUGGAGCUCUGCCAGAGGGUGCGACGCUCAUCACGCCGUUCAGCCUCGAGUAGCGCCGUCGGAUGGAGGAAGCGGUCGGCGAGGUCUCGUGCUUUCCCUUGUUGUCGUACUUUGUCCGCCUGCCUCCCGCUGCAAGUGCACUCUCUCGUG